AUGAGGUACAAGUGGUACAAAGACUUUAAAGGAGGCAGAGAAAGCGUUCAGGACCAACAGCCCCCCGGACGACCAUCAACGUUAACUGAUGAAGGACACGUUAAUCAAAUCAAAGAUGUUGUACUCGAAAACCAUCGAUUAAUAAUAAAAGACCCUGUUGAUACUGUUGGCAUUUCAAAAGAUUCGGUAAAUACCAGUUUAAAAGAUUUGUUGUGCCUCAGACGCGCCAAAUCUCGUUUGGUUCCAAAAACACUCAACUUUUUGGAAAAACAGCGUCGCGCUGAUAUCUGUGAAACAAUGAUUUCUGACUACCAAGACUUCAUGAAACGCAUCAUUACUGAAGACGAGACUUGGAUCAACGCUUGCGAUCCGGAAACAGCCGAGCAAUCGAGUAAAUAUUGUACAAAAGGUGAACCAAGACCGAAAAACUACGCCAAAGUCACUCAAAAAUCAAGGUCCUGUUGA